GUCCUAGUCAGCUGAGAUAAGUGUGGAUCCGGUUGGGCAGCUUCCCUAGUAUAGUAGUGGAAAGUAUUUGUGAUCAAUCACUCUCGUUAGCCCAAUUAGAUCACACAUACCAUGGCUCAGCUAGGAGUCGGUCGGCAGUUGAUAGUUCUGUCUUUCCACGCGCGGCUGCAGCUGCAGCACCUCAAUGCUGGUCUCUCGAGGCGACGAUCUCUACGGAAGUUGGCCAUGGCUUGCACAUCACGUUCGGUCAGCACUUUCUUUCAGAAACCCUUGAAUUUCAUCGGUGGCGAACGGGUAGCACCGACAGAUCACACGCAAAGUUUUAAGGUCUUCGAGCCUGCCACAGGGAAUGUGUUGUGCGAGUCACCUAGCUCUAGCCAGCAGGAUGUUGACCGUGCUGUGGCUGCUGCCAAAGACGCCUUCCAGGAAUGGUCAGAAACUCCAGCACUUGAGAGGGCCAGGAUACUGCAGCGUGCAGCCAGCCUAGUCAGGGAAAGGGUAGAAGAAUUUGCAACCAUGGAGACCAUCAAUGUCGGCAAAUCCAUCUCUGAGUCUCGUGUCGAUGUUUACUCUGCCACUGAUGCACUGGAGUUCUUUGCUGGACUGGCACCAAGUCUAGCAGGUGAACAUUUCCAGUACCCCAGCGGCACCUUCGGCUACACAGUCCGAGAGCCCCUAGGGGUUUGCGUUGGCAUCGGUGCCUGGAACUUCCCCAUCCAGAUGGUGGGCUGGAAAUCUGCCCCAGCCCUGGCAGCCGGUAACACCAUGGUGUUCAAGCCCUCCCCGUUCACCCCGGUGACUGCCGUCCUGUAUGCCGAAGCGCUGCUAGAGAGUGGCCUUCCUAGAGGUGUCUUCAAUGUUGUCCAGGGUCAGGCAGUGACCGGCACUGCCCUGACCUCUCACCCUGAUGUAGCCAAAGUGUCCUUCACUGGGAGUGUCCCCACUGGAAAGCAUAUCAUGAGGAGCUGUGCCGAUGACCUGAAGCAUGUGACCCUGGAGCUGGGGGGUAAGUCUCCACUCGUCAUCUUUGCUGAUGCAGACCUUGAGAAUGCUGUGAAGGGAGCGAUGCUGGCAAACUUCCUCACUCAAGGGGAGGUGUGCUCCAAUGCCACCAAGGUGUACGUGGAGCGCAGCAUCAAGGAUGCGUUCGUCGAGAAACUCCUGGGCAGAGUCAGGUCCCUGAGGCUGGGAGACCCGCUGAAGGAGGACACCCAGGUGGGAGCACUCAUCAGCAAAGAGCACAUGGAGAACGUGCUGGGCUACAUUGAAGGAGCCAAGAAACAGGGAGCCUCCGUCCUGUGUGGGGGUGAGAGAGUCACCCCCGAAGACCCUAAGCUUGCCAGUGGGUAUUACCUCUCUCCCUGCGUGUUGGACAACCUGACAGAUGACAUGACCAUCAUCAAGGAAGAGACUUUUGGCCCCGUGCUGACCCUCUUGACCUUUGACACCGAGGAAGAGGUCACCCAACGAGCAAAUGACACUCCUCUGGGGCUUUCAGGUGGUGUAUUUACAAAAGACAUUCAGCGCGCUCACCGCGUCAUCAAGAACAUGAGAGCAGGGUCAUGCUGGAUCAACACCUACAACACAUAUCCCGCCGGCUGGCCGUUCGGCGGCUACAAGCAGUCGGGGCUGGGCAGGGAGAAUGCCGCCGUCACGCUCAACAGCUACACCCAGCUCAAAAGCGUCUACGUUGAGAUGGGCGACGUGGAUUCCCCGCUGUAAAAAUCACUCCUGGCCUGUACAUCAAGUCUGAAAUGUUGCGAGCUGUCGCGACGUAGAUUAACCUGUCAAUGAGAACUGUGCAAUGUAGCCAGUGGUGGAUUGUACUCAUGCUCAUGCUGGUACAUUUAAUUUGAGUCAUGUCUAAUUGGAGCGAUUCGCAACACUGCUGAGUGAAUGUUAACGUAUCUCCUGCCACUCCAAAUAUGGAUGCUUUCAAUGCUGCAGCGAAUACAUACUUAAUGACUAUGUUGUAAUUUGUAUGAAAUGUAGUUUUUUGAUGGGACUUCUACAGGGCUGCUUUUCAUCAUUUCUGAUGGCAACACCAAGCCAUGGAUUGAUCAAUUAAAAUGAGGACUCCAAUCAACGGAAAUGCACAUUGCACUGUGGGUAAAGCUUGACGAUGUGCAACUCUGUGUUUAAAACCGCUCUAAAUCAUUUCUCCUUGCUCAAGCUGUCACAACCAAAUCCUUCCACUCAACCUUCUUGUAGGAACAUGCGAAGCACUGACAAAUCAAGACAUUUUUUUGUUUACCGACUCUCAGUGCACCAUACCUCCGAAGUGCUGUAACCGGUAAGCACCUUGUAGUUACCGACACUGACCCGCAAACCAGAAAUGGACUUUGGAGGGGAUAAGCGUUGGGAUGGCACUGCAUUGUGCAUCGCUCCUGUUUGCUCAUUUGAAGUAGUAUUUCAGAAUACACUGUACUGUGCAUAAAUUACAGCACUUGCUGUCGGCCAUUUUGACAAGUCAGCCAUCUUAAAUGAAAAGCAAAGCGAUUCCUGUUAAAUAUUUGAAAAUCCUAAUAUGUGUGGAAAUGAACAUGAUGCAGAAGGGGAAUAACUAAACCCCAGUGGGGGUCUGUGCCCCCCCCCCUUUGAAAAUUUGAAAUGUACUGACACACACUCUAUGCACAAGCCCCAAUUCCUUGACUGUCGGUGCCACCUUGAAAAAAAUGAGUGCACCCCAGGUGUCCCCCUUAAAAUCUACCCUAGCCAUGCCACUUUCAUGCAGUAAGGCUAAUCAUAGAUUACCACUCCUGUGCUCCAGUGAGUCGUUAUGGCUAAAAUCUCACAUUACCUUGAAUGUCCAAAUUUGACAUUUUUCUCAACAUGACACUUUACCUGCAGUUGUUGUAAAAUAGUUAGGCUCCUUCCCACUUCAGAGCAUUCUAUAAAUAAAGUGGACUCUUGGAGCAAGAUCCAAAAUAUCACCAUCUCGCGAAUUAAAGCCAAUGGAGGCAGUCUAGAUCUUCUGGAAAGAAUGUGAUUGAAAAUGUAAACCCCGCCAUCUUAGUGAGAUAUUUAAGAUCAGAUUUGCAGAGGGAAUCGAAAACUAAUUAUAAUAAUAAUAACAACAGUUUUUAUAAAGCGCUUUUAACUAACUUAGAUCAAAGUGCCUUUACAUUCCACGAGUAAAAUCCUUAAGUUAUUAAUAUUGUAAAACGCCUAUUCCUUGGGGUGUGUGAGGAAUUCUAUCAGUAUUCUAGGACUCGAGACGUUUACAAUUUAAAAUCAAUUAUUGAUUUAAUUUUUUUAAAGGUUUCUGAAAGCCAGCUAGUAUUCACUUUUCUCAGCCUCCAAAGAAUUGUAAGAGAAACAUGGUGGCGGAGAAUGGUUCAUAGCAAUGGGGGCGCCAGACCUCGGUGGCUGUGGGCGCUAGUCUGGGGAAGGCAAAAUCCCGUAGGUGAAAAUGAUCCUUCAUUUUCUCCUGGGUUAUGAUGCGGAGUCGUAAAACGAAAAGGUUGAUCGCCCUGUCGUAGUAUGUGACAAAAUAUGUGUGGGUGUAAGCGGCUUUUCACACGACACCAUGAAGAGCUGCCAAUGGUUUACAGCCUAUGGUAUGCCAGAGUUCAUUUCUACGUUUUGGUGUAAAUUAAGCACGAUUAAGCAUUGGGCAAAAUGUUGAGGAACCCGAGUGAUCCUCCAGGGAAUAUUGUCUAAAUAAUCUUGGAAGAGACACUCCUAGGUGUUCUUGAAGCCAGUACGUAAAUAUAGCUGCGUGGAUGUUACAUACUUUAUCAGUGAAACGUAAACUUCCCGGUUGAUCAAAAUAAAUCUUAACAGACAACCAGUCUU